ACAAGAGGGAGGGGAAAGUGGGAGUGGGUAAAACAGAGAGAAAGGCCAGCAAGCACUCGGUGUGUAAAGAAAGACUUUAAAAGGCAGAAACACAUCGGAAUAGAAGGGCAAGAGAAGCUCAUCUCUCUGUUUGUGUAUAUGAAGACAGCUGCUACAGAAAGAUGCUGAGUGUGUUGGCAGUAACUGUGGUUUCAGCAGCUGUCCUGUAUGUUCUGUAUCACUGGCUCAUCCCUGCCGCUGUGCAGAGCAAUGGUUGGCUGGCACUUAUCUGGCACGAUGUAAUCGUUGAGCGGUUCCUGAACAUCCUGACGGGAUCCUCACGACCUCAGCGCAUGCUGAAAGCCGUUCAGCAGAACGCCACCAAAGGCGACCCCCAAAGUGUCAUAGCAGCCAUCGACUACUUUUGCAGACACAAAGAGUGGGCCAUGAAUGUGGGUGACGAAAAAGGGCCCAUAUUGGAUUCAGUGGUGAGUGAGGUUAAUCCCAGAACAGCUCUGGAGCUCGGCACAUACUGCGGCUAUUCUACCGUUCGUAUUGCUCGGCUCUUGUCCCCUGGAUCUAAACUCAUUACCGUUGAAUUUAACCCAGCCUACGCUGUCAUCGCCCGCCAGAUCAUCGCCCACGCCGGCCUUCAAGACAAGGUUACUCUUGUGGAGGGGUCCUCUGGUGACUUGAUCCCCAAAAUUAAAGAACGAUUUGGAAUAACAUCUUUUGACUUUGUCUUUUUGGACCACUGGAAAGACCGUUACGUUCCAGAUACUAAACUCCUGGAGGACUGUAAUCUACUCAAAAAAGGCACCGUACUGCUGGCCGACAAUGUAAUUUGUCCUGGAACCCCGGAAUAUUUGGCAUAUGUGCGGAACAGCCCACACUAUGAAAGCCGAUACUACCGUUCCCAUUUGGAGUACACCAAAGCAGAAGAUGGCCUGGAAAAAUCUGUUUUCUUAGGAUGAGAAUGAUCUUAUAUUACAAGCAGAUGUGCAUGAAUUUACAAGAAGUUUUCUUCAUUGACCAUAUUUGUUAUGCACAACGGGAGAAAAAUGUAAUUCUUUAAAUAGCCAAGAAUGUUUGAGUCUCGUGAUGCCAUACAGUACUUGCUAGGAUCAGCCAAACUGAUCUUUCUCAUUUCCUCAGUGCACUUACAUUUUAAUGCUUUGAAAUCUCCCUGAGAAAACGUAGAAUAUGGCCUGUUUAUUUAUUGUACAAUUUUUCAGCUGAUUGUAAUGUUUGAUAAACAUUUCACCUCUUAAAUAUUCGUUUUUCCUGUCACUAAAGUCCUUCGUAUUGAUGUGAUUGUAUUUAAACCGAAAUUCAUUAGUUAGGACUCUAUCGAAAUCCUAUUAGUAAUAUUACAAGUGAUUUGAGCCCCCACAAAAUGCUGUUCUUUCAAAUGACUAAAAAGUACUUAAAGAAUUACUUUGCAAGUUUUUGAAAUAUGUAAGGAGUGGAAUUAGACCACAAUUCCAUGAAUGAUUAAUGUAUUAUGCUUUCAGAAGAGGUUAAGCCUCUUUUUGUGGGAAAAUGGAGCACCAUUUAUAAGGCCACAAUGAUGGGUCAUUCUUGUGUGAGUGAUAGUGUAUUACUCUGAAAAUAUAAAAACAGUUCUAUUCAAAUGCCUACUAAUAAGUAUCAGAGCAAUGUGCAUACAGUUUACACCCAUCCCGUGCCAAAAAUAAAGCAAGAACAUCUAUUCAAACAUUGUGUGUAAAGAAACUGUUGUACACAAAUACAAAAAAAUAUGCCCGAAAUAGGAGUCUGAAAUAAAAACACCAAUACCACUCUGUGUACAACAAAUACCACUUUAUUAUAAAUUCCACUUCUCAUUAUUGUUGGGUGUCACUUCAGCAGAAAAUGUACCCAUAAAUGAAAAUUCUAUCAUCUUUUACUCACCCUCAUGUCCUUCCAAAUCCGUAAUACUUUCUUUCUUCCUUGGAACACAAAAAGAGAUGUUUUGCUCUUUUUCCAUACAACAAAAGCAUACAAUGACCAGAGGCUGUCAAACUCCAGAAAAGACAAAAAACAC